AUCCGUCGACAGUUGUUCGCAUCCCCGGGAUCCCCGUGCCACCAUCACAACGUUGUACGCCCAGUUUAGCCUCCGGGCCACUCAACAUGUCUGUGCAACAAGCACUCCCGUCGCACUCCAUCCCUGGCGCGGAUCUUCCACCGGCUCUAUGCGACGAGCUGCGUGCUGCUGUCAGAGGCCCCGUGUACGCUCGGAGCACGAUGGAGUUCGGCGAGCGCGCCAAAACCUUCAACGGGAAGAUCACCUGUCUGUCCAAGGCCCUCGUCUCGCCGCUCGACGCGCAGGACGUGAGUGCGAUCGUCCUCUUCUGCCGCAAGCACGGGCUCUCUCCGUCGGUCAAAGCCGGUGGCUACGCGACGGCGGGCUGGUCCAUCGCCGGCGAUGUCAUCGUCGACCUGGGCAUGAUGAGGGAGUGCGACAUCGAGCCGCCUGUCCCGGACGCGGACGACGGCAAGGACUGGACUAAGCUAGUCGACAUGCUCCCCCUAGGAAGCAAAGGCAAGGGCCGUGCGCGCGUCCCAGACAAGAAGGAAGACGUGGCCUCCGCAGCCCCACCCGAGACGUCGACGGCCCCCGCACACGAAGCUGAAGAGCCAUCCGUUGCUGCCGGGACGAAGCGGAGGCGAGAAGACAGUGCAGAGGCGGAGGAUCGGCCCCUCCCCAAACUCCAAGCGACGCAGGAGAAGCGCAACCUCCUGCGCUCGUACGACACCGCGUCCGACAGCGUCGCCGCGUUCUUCCGCGGGCCGCCGCUCCCCGAAGAGGAGGGGGAGGAGCCCCGGAAGCCCCCUGCCAACCGCCGGAGGUAUGCGUCGCCCGUGCGCACUGCAAGCACGCCUACGGGACAGGGGCAGACUAGUAACUCUUCCAGCGAGGCUCCGGGUCCUAUAUCCAUGUCUCGCUCUGGCUCCGGCGGCUCGGGGUCAACCUCUGGUCCUUCUGAAGCCAGCACGCACAUCACGACGCCAGACACGGACGAGAAACCCUCGCACGAAGCGCCUCCCCCGCGCGCCCAGGAUCCCUUCGGCUACCUGUCCGCGGAUGACCCGACAGCGACCGCACCUCAUGCGCCAGCGAUGACGAGCACCAACCCGUUCGGCGCCGCCCCGGGUCCAUCCAGCUUCACGACGCUCACCCCAGGGUUCUCCAGCAUGGGUAUGGGCAUGGGGUCCUGGUCCUCGUUCUCCGCGGCAAGCGCACUGGGCCGGCAGGGCGCGUCGAGCGCAGGGGUCGGCCCACGCAUCUCCUUCCCGCCGGCGUUCGCGUUCCCCGCGGGGCUGGGCAUGGCGCCGAUGGGGAUGCUCGCGCUGCCGCCGGACGGCGGGUUCGGCGUCGUCGCGCCCGCGCGGCCCGUGCACCCGCACGCGUACGUGACGCUCGGCGCGGGGAUGAAGCAGAAGGAGGUGGACAUGUACACGGCGGAGCACCCGCUGGAGGGGCUCAGCGGCGUGACGGGCGAGCGGCAGGAGCGGAGCGUGCCGUACCAUAUGCCUUCGUCGGCGCACCCUGUGGGCUCGUCGAUCCUGUUGCUUGCGGGGUUUGGGUUCAUCAGCCGGAUGUACGGGCUGAGCGUGGACAACGUCGUCGAGAUCGAGAUGGUGCUGGCGGAUGGCCGGAUCGUGGUCGUCAGCGAGGACAGCGAUCCAGAUCUGUGGUGGGCAAUUCGGGGCGCAGGCCCCGCCUUCGGGAUCGCGACCCGGUACAAGGUCAGGGCGUUCCCAGUGCCCGUCGUCUUCGCUGGGAACCUCAUCUACCGCUUCCACCGCGCGACCGCGGCCUCGCUCAUCAAGCACGUGCGCGACUGCAUCAAGGGCGCGCCGCGCGAGCUCUACGCGAACGUGCUGCUCACGGCGGGGCCCGCGGACAAGGACUCGCUCGUCGUCGUGCAGAUGUGCUACGUCGGGCCGAAGGAGCAGGGGCUGGAGUUCCUGAACGCGAUCUCGAGCUGGGACGGCGAGCGCUGCCUGCUGAACGAGGUGAACGAGAAGAGCUAUCUGGCGCAGCAGGACAGCGUCGCGCAGAUCCUGCGGGGGAAAGCGGGGCGCCAGUGGUUCAUCCGCUCGGCGCUCAUCCACUCCCUCCCGGACGAAAUCAUCAACCAGACCGUCAUCCAGUUCGCCAACACGCCCAUCGGGUGCACGUGGAUCUUCGAGCUUUCCGGGGGCGCCAUAGCGGACUUUGAGGACACGCCGAUUCCGCGGGAGCAGCGGGAGGCGGUGUGGACGGUCGCGGCGCUGCACCAGUGGGAGAUGGGUAUUGACGACGCGCGGUGCGUCGAGUCGGCUGAGGAGGUGCGUGGCUGUUCAUCUCGCGUGGAUCUGCCUCCGAGUCGAGGGCGUGCUGACGGUCUGUGUCGGUAGUGGAUCGACGGGACGAUCGGGAAGGUCGCGCUGGGCGGCCCGUUCCCGUCUGUACGUUUGUCGGUUGUCCUCCGUUUCGUAAUGAGUCUGAAGUA